GGGCAGAACGAUUCAAUUGACUAAAUCGAUUCAUUUGAAUCAGUUCCAUGUAAUGAUUCGUUCGAAAAACUCGUUCAUUUCGUUGCCUUAGUUAUGGCCACUGACAACGGGAUCCGACAAAACUCAAAAGCCUUAAAUCGUUCAUCCGUUCGAGUAUCCGUUUCGUCCAGGUGGCUGGUCAUGUCGCCUGGCUGCUUAUCGUAAUCUGAUCGGGUAGGGUAGCUGAAAUUCCAGACGUGUAGAUGUUACAAAAAAUGUGCGCGAACACAUUUCAGAGCUCUCGCAGAUAAAUUUAGUAACCAAAACCUAGAUAAUACAUGAAUUAAAAAGUGUAACGCGAUACUUGUUCAGUCGUAAUCCCACUCCUGACUUUUCAUAUUAUCCUUUUUAUUUGAUUAGUUAUCGUUUUCUCUUGUGAAAACGCGCAUGCUGUGAUAACUGAUUACUGUGACUUCCGAUGGCAUGAGUCAUUUUACGAACUAAUCAAACUGGCCGGUUCACUUCUCUCGUUCUCUCUGCGUUUUAUAUUCUCCCGAAUCGUGUUCCGCUUUCGAGUAAUCGACUUUCAAAGAGCUGAUUCUGUUUAUAUUGAAUGUUUCAUAUUCUUUUGUUCGCUCAAAGAUACGUACAUUUAGAACGAAUCGUUCACGAACGACACAUCACUACAAAGGACACGGCUAUGGCUACUGAUGAAGAACCUUUGCUUACAUUUCAGUGCAAAGCUAUGAUAUCUUUCUUCAGAGAGUUCUGCGUGGUUUUAAAGAGCGUCGGCUGAAUGAUUGUGAGAGUUUUUUUUAAAGUUAUACUCACGUGUGAAUUACGACUACGUUACGAUCACGUGGCCAAGAGAAGACUACGAAGAUCCGAAGCGGCGUUAGCGACACAGCACGCAAGAUGAUAGGUUGGAUUAUUUUGAUUUAGAGUUAUUGUACUUUUCUUGCAACAGUGCGAUUGUACAUACGAAGCUUUGUGAGCUAUGGGCAAGUUGUUGGCAUGCAAACUGUGCAGCGGCCGCCUCAGAGAGAACUGUAGCCAUGCCUCACGUGUACUGUUCGGAGCCGAAUAGUGCUGCUGCUGGCUCAGUCACCAGUCCUGCUUCCCGCGGGGAGUGACCUAACCAUUAGGCGCGUUAGGCAGAGACCGCAAGAUGGCGGCCUCGAGCCGCGAUAAUCAGGCGGGGCGACUCUGAGAGCAAACAGGCUCAUGCCUCUUGUUUGAGGUGAACGCGUGUCUCUCUUUGCUCACUUGCUCCAGUCUGCAGCUAGCUGUGCACGAGGCCUCUCCUGGACAGUAGUUGUGCUGCUCCCGGCAGGGGGCUGUCCUUGUUCCGGUGUGCCUUCGUGCGUGUUGUUGGCUCGAGGAUGAAGUUCGCAGAGCACCUGUCGGCGCACAUCACGCCAGAAUGGAGGAAGCAGUACAUCAGCUACGAGGAAAUGAAGAGCCUCCUGUACGACGUGGUGGAGCGCGCUCCUUCGCCAGAGUCGGUCGAGCCGGAAGUGCUGUCCAGGUACUACGCCAACUUCGACGAGAACUUCUUCCACUUCUGCGACGCCGAGCUCAAGAAAAUCAACACCUUCUUCUCCGAGAAGCUGGCGGAAGCGACACGCAAGCUGGCCACGUUGCAAAAUGAGCUGCAAGUGUCACUGGCCAGCCGCACCAUGGGCAAGCCUCGUGCCAAGCUGCCUUCACGCAAGGUCCAGGAGCUGAAGCUGGCAUUCAGCGAGUUUUACCUCAGCAUCAUUCUGCUGCAGAACUACCAGAAUCUCAACUUCACCGGCUUCCGCAAGAUUCUCAAGAAGCACGACAAGCUCUUGGCCGUCGAUUCGGGAGCCAGGUGGCGGUUGGAGAAUGUGGAGACCUCGCCCAUCUACACGAAUAAGGAGAUAGACCGGCUAAUCAGCGAGACUGAGAACACAUUCACACAUGAGCUGGAGUCUGGAGACCGACAGCGGGCCAUGAAGAGGCUGAGGGUGCCACCACUGGGCGAGCAACAGAGUCCGUGGACCACCUUCAAGGUGGGGCUCUUCUCAGGCUCCUUCAUCAUCCUUCUUCUGGCAGUAGUACUCUCAGCGAUAUUUCACGAGGGUGGGCCGGACCACCUUCGCGUGGCCUUCACGCUGUACCGAGGGCCAUUCGUCAUCGUGAUGUUCGUCUUCCUGAUGGGAGUGAACGUGUACGGCUGGCGCUCGUCUGGCGUCAACCACGUGCUGAUAUUCGAGCUGGACCCCCGCAACCACCUGUCCGAGCAGCACCUCAUGGAGAUUGCGGCCAUCCUCGGCGUCAUCUGGACACUUAGCUUGCUCAGCUUCCUGUACAGCCGCUCACUCAGCAUCCCGCCAUUUGCCACCCCGCUCGCUCUCAGCAUCAUCAUGAUAGUAUUUCUCAUCAACCCACUGAGGACGUUUCGGCACGAGGCUCGCUUCUGGUUGAUGCGCAUAGUGGGCAGGAUCCUGGCUGCGCCCUUCUUCCCUGUGGCCUUCGCGGACUUCUGGCUGGCGGAUCAGUUCAACAGCCUCGUGGGGGUGUUGCUGGACGGGCAUUUCCUCGUCUGCUUCUACUUCAGCACCGGCGACUGGCUGCACGUCGGAGAAGUGGGGCAGUGCUCCAGCCAGUCGUGGGUGGUGCGACCUAUAGUGAACUGCCUGCCCGCGUGGUUCCGCUUCGCCCAGUGCCUGCGUCGCUACCGCGACUCCCGGGAGGCGUUCCCGCAUCUCGUCAACGCCGGCAAGUACUCCACCACCUUCAUCGUGGUCGUCUGCAGUACGCUCCGAGCCUACCACGCAGACGAGUACCCCGAGCUGUACGACAACCCGUACUUCUACAUGUGGGUGCUGGCGUCUGUGACAAGCACGGCCUACACCUACACGUGGGACGUGCGCAUGGACUGGGGCCUCUUCGACACCUUCUCCGGCGAGAACAAGUUCCUGCGCGAGGAGACCGUCUACUCGUCCACCAUGUUCUACUACUUUGCCAUCGUUGAGGACCUGGUGCUGAGGUUCAUGUGGGCCUUGUCCUUCGUGUUGACGCACAAUGGCUACGUCAGCGGCGACAUCAUGACCUCCAUAGCCAUCUGCCUGGAGGUAUUCAGGCGGUUCCUGUGGAACUUCUUCCGACUGGAGAACGAGCACCUCAACAACUGUGGCAAGUUCCGUGCCGUGAGGGACAUUUCCGUGGCGCCGCUCGACGCCUCCGACCAUGCGCACAUCCUCCGCAUGAUGGACGAGCUGGACGGGGUGGACCACCGCCGCAAGAGGCGCGCCGGCAGGAAGGGCAAGGAGGACUCGCACCAGCUGCUCAUGAACGACUCGCUCACCUCGCUGGGCAGCGGCCCACGCGCCAGCACCAACCUGUAGCCCGUGAGGUUACUCCUCGACACGCGUGUCGCUCAGACAUCCUGGCGUCCUGUGUUGCACGGGCAUCGGCGCAUUACGUAUAGCCACACAUCGAUAUGCACAUUGCAUGAGCUCGGGCAUCCUAUAUACAGCCAAUAAAUAUUGCAGGCAUUCGUGACCUUUUCCAAGGCGAAGAUUUCACAGAUGUUUUGGUCCACCUUGCAGUCGCCAUCAUCGGGGAGCAGUUAUCUACCGAGAGGUUCUUUUUUCCCUUGUUUUAAUGUUUAAAUGUCUUAGCUCCUGGCGUACGGCAUUUGGUGGGAGUAGUAAUUUUGUGAAUGAAACGGAAGUCGAAUGAACGAAAGUGGGUAACCACGUUGCGGAAGUAUCAAGAUGGUGGACCCAAGUGUAGCAAAGUGUAAAGUCACUCUCAUUAACAUUAGGGGAAUAACAAACAAACGUAUUGGUGUGCCAAAUGAAACUUUAUGAUAGUGAAUCUACUCUGGAAUAUAUUUGGUAAACUAAAAUAGUCAUAGUAAAAGGUAAUUACAAGUUUUAAAAUGUUUAAGAAAACUGGCAGUACAAUCAUUAUAAUAAUAUAUAUUACUUUAUAACUUAAUCCAUUUAAAAGUCCAAAAGGCUUGGUAACACAGUGGUAGAGUGUGUGCAUCGAAAACUUAAAGACAAAAUUUUUAUGUGGUUCAAACCUUGUCACUGGAAAAAAAUUGUUAUUUUUUUAAUAACAAUAAUAAUAUAUUAUGUAAUAAUAUUGUUGAAUCAAGCUCAAUAAGGUUAAAGUUGGUUUGAAGGAAGUGUUUACAGACUGAAUUCAGUUGUUUAGGCAAAAACAAAUAUACAACAUAUAAUUAGUGACUUGAUGUAAGUUUUGGACAUACGCCAUUGCUAAGAACUGUUUCUGUUGAAGAAAAACUAAAAAAUAAAAAAUAAAGAAAUAAAUAAAUAAAAAUACCCAAAAAAGAGAAAAAGAUAAAAUAUAAUUAGUGUUAUAACAUGUGUUUUAAAAUGUUUCAGGUUAAUAUUUUAGUAAUGCCAUAGAAGUAUUACGUCUAACGUGUGCGGAAACUUAACAGAAAUAACUGUUAAGAGAAUUAUGUAUAACAAUAUGGGCAGUAUUUUAAUGAAAUUCUUUGUCAAAAAUCAGGCCCAAAGACGAGGUUUAGAAGCCAUCCUUUCUUCUGGUUGGCUAAUCAGUGGCCAUUAUCUAUGCUUCUGGUUGGCUUGGCUGUUUGGCCAGUCGGAGGCGAUAUGUCUUUUUUUAGAUGCAGAGCAAGGUUUUGAGGAUUUCUCAAGAGUGGUUCCCAUAUUCUGCUUAAUUUGUAUCCAUCUUCUCGGUUUAUGUUUGAUGGGUGUUUUAAUAUUUACACUUGAGUCUUGAAUGAAUCUUGGUAUUGUGGGAUGUUGGCCAUGGUUUUGAAUUGGUCUAAUUCUAUGCUGUGGCUGACAGUGGAUUUUAAUUUUAAUAGUCACUGAUAUGUUCUCUAACCCUAUGUAUACUUUGCCACAUGAAAAUGGAAUCCUGUACACACCGGCUAGACUUUCGGCUGGAGUUUUAUCUUCAAUGCUGUUAUGAACCCCUCAAUCAUGUUUAUAGGCUACAGUAUUGUGUUUCGUGCUUCUGAGAAUUCUGGCCACUUGGUCUGAAAUACUUUUGAUAUAAGGAAUGAAGGCUUUAUUAAGAUGCUUGUUGUUCUUUCGUUCUUAGGGUGACUUCAUGACCUUCCUUAUUUCAGAUUUUAAGUUACCAGUUAUUCGGAGAACAGUUGUUAGGUGUAGGCAACUGCUACCCUGAUGAUGGUGACUGCAACAUCAACCAAAACAUUGGUAAAAUUUUUGCCUUCCAUGCAUCUACAACCCAGAAGCAAGCAACUCCAUCCUGUACAGUCACUCCUCGACAUCAGUGUUUCUUAAGCCAGUACACACAUACUUUGACAUUCGUGUUGCUCAAAAAUCAUAGCAUCUCUUGUAGUCAAUCCUCAACAUUUAUGUUUGCCAAACAUUUGGUGCAUACUGUAAAGUCACUUUCGUUUUGGAUGAAAAUCAGUGCAUUCUGUGUAGUUGCAAAUUGAUACCCAUGUUCAACGAGCAUCGGGGCAGUCUGUACAGAUACUCCCCGACACACAGAUUGCUGAGUUUAAGAGCACUCUGUAUGGUCGCUGCCUCAAGACGAUAAUUUUGAAUUAAAAAGCUUUAAAUUUUAUUAGUAAGGACAAAAUUAUAUACUGAAUUGCGAUAAAACCGAAAAUCAGUCAAAAUACCAUAAACACCGAAAUGCAACUACUAUCAUGGAAUUAAUCAACAUUUUUAAUCAAAACUUAACUCAAAUCACGAAAGUAUAAUAUUUAAUAUUUAAAAUUCAAUGAAUCUCCAUGUUUAUCAGGAAAGAGUAUCUACAUCAAGAAUUGGUUAAAACUUUGUUUAAAGAGUUUGUUGCUUUUUUAAAAUUUUCCAGAGGGGGUUCUCUGAACCAAUUGGAGCUAUUUCUUGCUUCCCCCAGGCACCGAGUAAAGGGUCUCUCCAUAAUAUUAGUGCCCAGUUCCCCGCACAGUCUAGGGCCUCCACUGCUUUUAACGAGGCGUUGCUGAACACCAAUAAACUAUCCUCCUGGGAUGCGAUAGCUCAAACAGGAUAGACGAUGUCCAUUUAAUAUGUGUGCAGGUUUGGCCACAGAUGUAUCUCAAAAGAUGAGUUCAAGAUUGUUUGGAUGAGCUCGUCAGGGCUGGAGCUUGAACAUUGCAAAGGCACAACUCUGUGGUGAGAACAUCAUCAGCAGUAUUAAUACAAUUUUCUCUCUGUUUUCAUCACCAAGCUGGCAGAUAGAUGAACUGUUUUAUUUAAGUUCUGCUUAGUUGGUAAUGUUAACUUGUUAGCUUGUUAUCUCACUUUGUAAAGGAAAGCCCAUGAUUAGAUGAUGAAUUGCGAUCAAACAAAAAUACAACAUAUAGCACCGAAAUGCAAGUUAACACACCAUUUAGUAGUGUAACCAAAAACAGGAAAUCAGUCUGCAAUUUGACAAAUCAUUCCUCAAACUACAAAAAAAAAAAAUAAUAAAUCAAUAAAUAAAUCUUUUACUAUAGAACAUUCAUUAAAUGUAAUUAUUUAGCAUGCAUUUUGUACCAAAAUGUAGAAACUAAAUAGACUGGGAAAAGAAAUUAUUUUAUGUUUGCUCUAGCAUCUCAUAUUAGUUAAUAUUUUACAUUAAUCACAUUGGCACAUUUUUCAAAUACACAAUAAAUUUGUAGCUUGUUUUAUAUUGUUGUGCAGUUCUGGUCUAGACAUACUUAUUAGAAAUUAUUUUACUUCAUAAGUGCAUCAUGUAUCAGUCAAAAUGAAGACUAUUUUGUUUAAAUGAGUAAUAAUAAAUAUUUUAGCCUCUUCAAUUAUGUGUCUCACCUUUGACAGAUCAUUAGGUAGAGGCGGAACGUAUACAUGAUUAUUUAUGAAGCCCCAAAGGAAAAAAAAUUGCAUGGCGUUAUGUCAGGUGAACUUUAAGACCAGCGAAAAAAAGCCCUGUCCAAUGGGGAGGGGCUCCAUCCUGUUGCCAAAUAAAGUUUACAGGUUCACCCUCUACUAAGUGUUGAAAGAGCUAUUCUUUCAACAUAAGUGGCACUGCAAGCGAGAAAACAACGAAGCAGUACUGGUGAAUGUGCUUAUCUAAAACUGAGUUACUCUUUGAUUGUAACCUUGAACCAACACACUUAUAGUUGAUACUAUUAAAAUUUAUAACUGGGAUAUUCUUUUAUGAACAUACUGUAUUAAGUAUUAUGUACAAAUGUACAUUGUGCAGCUUUUUCAUAAUCUAAGAGGGUUGUCGUUCAUUACAAACCAGGUUGUCAUUCAUUACAAACCAGGUUGUCGCCAGGGUUGGCUUACAGCUUUUUGCAUCACAACACUUAACAAGUCUUGUCUACCUUUUAAAUCAUAAUUAUAUACCACGCAUAGGUUUUUACUACUGAUAAAUUUAAAAAAAAUAAAGCUGAAAGCAUAUUUAUUAUAUUUACAAAUGUCCAUGUUAGUACAUUUUUAAGUACAGAAUAAAUAGUAUAUAUAAUAUACACAACUUUGUAAAAAAAAUUUCAUGUGUAAGUAUAAAUAUUAUAUACUAAAUGAAUACAAAUCAAACACACUGAACAAAAUUGGUUUUUAUGAGUAAAACCAGUGUAUAAAAUAAUAUCUGUUAAUAUUGCACGUAAAUCACCAAGAUUCAAUAAACAUCAUUUGUUAAGUUCAUAAAAUUUUUCAGUUAUAAUUUCAAGACCAUUCAUAUUACACAACAAACAGCUUAUGACAAUGUACACUCUUAUAGCACAAUUAGUAAAAAAAAAAAAAAGUAGAUUAGUUCAAAAGCAAGAGCUGAACAACCACAGUUCUCUUUCGCACUGCAACAUUAUUUAGCAUGUUUUCUUUACGGAAGCUUUUAGGAUUGAGGACACUUCCUAUGGAACUCUUACACAUGAUGGACAAAAGCAACACCAAACAGUUAAAUUAAUAUUCUAUUACUUAAGUUUCAAUGCAAGUAUUUGUAUUUUAAAUUUAUACUUUGCGUACAACAAACCUAGGGCUGCCUUAUUACCCAAUCACAAGAUGAUACAUUCAUUUUAUUAAUAGUCCAAAAUGAAGUUCAAAUAAAAUCCCAAAUCUUAUGUGAACCAAAUGCUGUAUUUUAAAAUUUUAAACAAAGUGUAAUAUUGACAGACUUGCUAACACACAUUAACCCUUAGAGCAUCAUCUUGAUAAUGUAAAUAUUGUACUUUGCCUAGUAAGUUUCCGAUGAUCUUAAUAACAACUUCACUGUUAAUUUAAGUGUUCUGUUUUUCAAGCCAUGCCAGCUAUUUUUAAAACAUUUAAACAUAGUCUACUACUUAAUACACAAAAAAAAAAUAUUAUUUUAUUUUUGAAAGGACUCGUAAUCCCACAACAGAUGUAUCAAGGAUAUUAUUUCCAACCAAAUCAGCACUAAAACACAUUUAAUGUCCGGAUAUAUUUACUUCAUUGAACAAUACAGGUGCCAGUGUAGCAAACAAAAACCUAAAGAAGAUAAUUAUGUUGAAUCACAUCAGCCAGGUAGAAAACUAAAGUUGCUAAUAUAGGAAUGUUAAAAUGCAAAGUGUAAACUUGUGUCUUGUGAGUGAUAGGAUUGUCUCAACGAGGUUCUGAUGACUGUGUCUUGUCUUGGGUCGUUCUUGAGUGGCCGCCCUCUUCACUUCCAAUGGACAAGAAUCGUGUGUAGAAAUUAUAAUGCAUCAACAUGGACUAAGAUAAUUUCCCACAAAAGUACUUUGCCAUAAAAUGUUGUCACAAAUAUACAACCGUUGAAGGAAACAAAAUUUGAAGCCACUUUAUCAAUAUAACAACUAGCUCUUUCAUAUUUCUAUUCACCUUGGUGUUUUCACUUACAAAAAUUAUAUCUAACAGGUAAAAAUUUUUAUUGCUCUGUAACUGCACAAUAUAGUCGAGAGCUAAUGGUGCAUGCUGGUGGACAGUCUAGAUGCAAAACCACACACACGGACGUAACUUAGACUAAAUUCCACCUGGGGCAACAACUCAUUUUGGUGCCCCCUUUUUAUUUUCAAACCAACCAAACCAUAACCUUUCCAGACACCACCUCAUAUCACCACCACAUAAUAGUGGUUUUCUAUCAACUUAUAUGGUAAAUAAAUAAUUAAUAGAUUUAUUUUGCAAUCAUUUAAUUUUCAAUAUACCACAAGUUAUAUAGUGUACGGAAAAUACCAGUUUUCAAAUACAUAUUUGAUGUACAUGUAUGUAUCUUUCAAAACAAAUAAUUCUGUUCAUCUGCCCUCAAAUCUUUUUUUGUGUCCUACAAUAUUCAAGUAAAUAUUUAUAGUAUAAAUUACUCUGGCAGUUUAGCGACCCACAAAUGCGGCUCCCGAGGCACAAGCCCCAUUCGUCCUCUUUUAGUUAGUCCCUGAUCACACGUUCCCACAGUGCGCUUCACCGCUGCUGUGUUCUGAUAAAUCACGUCUGAAUCUUAACACGUAGUCGCAGUGAGGUGACUUGUGAACCACUGCUAGUAGUCACAUGGUUACACUACCUUCAUUACCUCAUACCUACGUGAAUUUUAAUUUUUGACUAUGGAUCAGAGCUUGAAAGUAAUUCUACAAUACAGUAUCUCGUGAAAAUCAUUUAAGAUUUUUUUCACAAUACUGUAUGUACUUUGAUAUAACAUAUUUUUAUCAUUUAUUCAAUAGUAUGAGCUUUAGAAAUCAACUGUUAAGAAUUGCUAGCUUUAUCAUACCAGAGGUAGAGGGAUAAAUCUCACCCCCCCCCCCCCCCCCUUGAUGUGAAAAAAUGUGAGAUUUAAGUAUGUUAAUUUGUAUGAUGCAAGGUGAGCUGUUACAAGACUUGGAGUCACAAACUACAAAGGCAGUGAUGCAUGUUGAGAAUGAUAAUGUAACUGUACAAACCCCUUGAUGGAGACUUAAGUAGGUAUUCUGAACAAAAAAGUUUAUUUUUAAUUGCCUCAAUUCAUAUAUCCAUGCCAUGGUUAUCAAUAAGAAAGCUAAUCUGUUAUUUAUAUUCUCGACUUGUUUUGGAAAAGGUUUUUGGUCAGCAUUUGUAUUAUGCAAAAUUAAUUCAAAUUUUAACAUAGCAUAAUUGCUGCCCCCUACUACCAUUAACACUUUGACUGAGAAUGCUUUAUUUUGAUGUUUUUUUAAUGUUUCAUUAUUAUUUUGUACUCAUGUUUCUUCUAUUAUGAAUAGUAAUUUGUCAUUUUGUUUGUGCUAUAAAAUUAUUGAUUAGGGUUAGAUUCUAUAUAAAGCUAAAUGCAGUGUGUUUUAUUAUUUGUUUCACUGUCAUUUACCUAUUACUUAAAAUUAAAAUGUGUAUUAAUUAUAUUUUGUCAAAUUUUAAAGCAUAUUCUGGGCAGUAAGAUGGUAACAUUCUAGAAAGUUUCAAAAGAAAGGAAGACACAGGCGCAACACACUGUCACCAGAAAGUUAUUUACAAGCCUCAAAUUAUGGGGAAAACCCAGCACGUGAGCGCACGAUUGCACAGCAAUGAACUAGAACUUUCGCUGGGCACUGUCUCGCCAGCCAAUCACAGCUAGUCUUCGGUGGUGUGAAAUGUCUUCCCAGACUUUCAGAGAAAAACAUUUUUCUAGUAUUUCUCCUUACAUGGUCAUUUUUCUGGAUCUGUAUUGUGAUUGGUCAGUAGAAUGGGGUUGUCUCCCCUUUGUUGUCACGUUUGUAAGGGAAGACAACUUCAUUGUUAGUUUUAGUUGUCGCUCAAUCGUCACCACGUGCAGCCGCAUCAUUGGCAGCUCGCCGGAAACAAUGAAGUAAAGUUACGGAUAGCUAACUUCACGCCUGGUGGUCGGGGCCAGGCCAAAACUUUAACUUUUUUAAAAUUAAAUUUUGGACUUUAAUUUUAAAUUUGACCCCAGGCAUCUGCGUUGGGUGACCAUUGUUGCCCUCCCGGGAUUUUUUCCGCAUGUCAUUGGUACCUUUGUUAAACAUAGACAAAGGGACUUGAAUUUUUUUUGUUGAUUGAGCAACGCGCUACAGUGAAUGUGUCAUACAUCGUCUGGACCUGUAAUGUAAGUUAUGAAAACUUUUUUUUUGUUUUUGAGAAAUAACAAUAAAAGACUGUCUGAACUCUUUCAUUUUGAAUGUAACUACAUAAUAAACUUUUAUCCUAAAGGAAUAAUUUAUCUUUGAUGUUGGCAACUAAACAAACUUAAAAAACCAAACUUCAAAUCAUAUAUAAACAUAAACUUAUCAAGUGAUCAAAGUGUCUUGUUAUUCUGGGUUGCUUAACUGGGCCAACCAGGAACGUAACAAAAUCCACUGAAUUGUUUAGGUACAACCAAGCGUAGCAAACCAGUCUGAACCAGGAACAAGGGUGUGUUUCAUGAAUGUAAGCUGCACAGUUUGUAAUGAGGUGUACACUCUUUACAGACACUAGUCCUAUUUUAAUGCAAUUCAU